AUGGCGCCGUACCACGAAGACGUAGAACUUAGUACGCUCAAAGUGAAAGAAGACUCCCUCACCGUCGGGAGCAGUUACAGUAUGCGACGCGAACCGAUUUACGACCCGAGCGAUGCGCCGGGCGUCUUCAGCCGGAUGCUGGAGAGCUUCAGGCGCGACCCGGCCCAGAUGAUGCGCCCGAAAGACUCGCCCACCGAUAUGGAAUCCGGCAGCGAUAGAGUCCUCAACGGAGUGCAUUAUUUCGAUAUCCACCGCGCAAACCUUCAAACCUCAAAUACUUUGCUAUCGAGAAGGUUGAAGGGGAGGCACCUACAGAUGAUUGCCAUCGGCGGCUCCAUCGGCACGGGUCUGUUUGUGGCCUCGGGCACUGCUCUCGAGGUCGGCGGACCGGCGUCGCUAUUAAUUGCGUUUUCUUUGAUUGGUGGCAUGUUGUAUUGCACUUGUCAGGCACUGGGAGAAUUGGCUGUCGCAUUCCCGGUCGCUGGUUCGUUCUCGGCCUACUCGACGCGCUUCUUGGACCCCUCAUGGGGAUUCGCUAUGGGCUGGAAUUAUGCUUUGCAAUGGCUGAUUGUCUUGCCACUCGAAAUCAUUGCGGCAUCUAUAACUAUCACGUAUUGGGACAAGGGCAUCACGAAAGCCAUAUUCGUCACUGUCUUCCUCGUCGGUAUCAUUGCUAUUAACCUUUUCGGCGUAAAAGGUUAUGGUGAAGCCGAAUUUUUGUUCUCCAUCAUUAAAGUCAUAGCAGUGAUAGGUUUCAUUUUGCUCGGCAUAGUUCUCAACUGCGGAGGAACGCCGACAACAGGCUACAUAGGCGGCAGGUACUGGCAAGAUCCGGGCGCAUUUCACAAUGGCUUCAAAGGUCUCUGCAGCGUCUUCGUCACGGCCGCCUUCGCCUUCGCAGGCACUGAACUUGUUGGCCUCGCCGCGGCUGAGACUGCCAACCCGCGGAAAUCCCUCCCAACUGCAAUCAAGCAGGUCUUCUGGCGCAUUACGCUCUUCUAUGUUGUCGCCUUAACUCUGAUCGGCUUACUGGUGCCCUACGAUGAGACACGCCUCCUCGGAGCCUCCAAGUCCUCCUCGGCUGACGCGAACACAUCCCCUUUCGUCAUCGCUAUUGAGAACGCUAAAAUCGACGUUCUCCCUUCCGUCAUGAACGCUGUCAUUCUCAUCGCCGUUCUAUCUGUAGGCAACUCUGCUGUCUUCGGUUCGUCUAGAACCCUUGCUGCCUUGGCAGACCAACAACAAGCGCCCCGCUUCCUCUCUUACGUAGACCGCAAGGGUCGCCCCCUGACAGCCAUUGGCGUUGCAGCCGUCGUGGGGCUAAUCGCCUACCUCGCGGACCUUGACGCUCAGGACGAGGUCCUCGACUGGCUGCUCGCCAUCUCCGGGCUGUCGUCUAUCUUCACCUGGGCAUCGAUCUGCCUGUGCCACAUCCGCUUCCGCCACGCCUGGCGGCAAAAGGGACACGGUCUGCAUGAGCUCGCGUUCCGGAGCCAGGUCGGCGUUCUCGGGUCCUGGUGCGGCUUUAUCAUGAACGUGCUCGUCCUGAUCGCACAGUUCUGGGUCGGCGCGUUCCCUGUAGGAUGGGAGAAGAGGGAGCCAGAGUGGGUGGCGCGAAACUUUUUCCUACGAUACGCCGCCUUCCCGAUCGUCCUAAUCUUUUACAUCGGCCAUAAGCUGUGGUUCCGUACCGUGUACAUCCGCAUCGAGGACAUGGAUCUCAACACCGGUCGUCGCGACUUCAAUUUGAGCAUCCUCGUCGCCCAAGAACAGGAGGAGAAGAGGUCUUGGCCGAGGUGGAAGCGUGUUUACAAGUUUUUGUGUUAG